CUCACUUGGCCCUAAGUUUAAGACUACUGUCCUGACUGGGGUGGGCAGAGCCCUGCCUGGCAAACCAGCCAAGAAGCUUUCCAAGGAAGAGAGCACUGUUAAAACUCCAUGGCCAGCCCUGUGGAAGCAUCUCCAGCAGGCCGAGCCAGUGGAUUGGGUCCCCACCGGAGAAAGAGAACCACAUUCAGUGUUGGGCAGCUGCUGGAGUUGGAGCGGGUGUUUGCAGCACGACCCUACCCUGACAUUGGUACCCGUGAACAGCUUGCCCGGGUCACCCACCUUCCCGAGGCCAAGAUACAGGUGUGGUUCCAGAACCGCCGGGCCAAGAAAAUCAAGAACAGGAAUCCAGGAGGCCUAAGCCCCAGGCCUGAGCCUCCCCAGAGUUGUUCUCUUCCAGACAACCCCCGGCAGCCCUGGGCACCCCCAACACUGGUCCAGCCUCCACCCUCCACCAGCACAGCUCAGUGUACCUCAGUGUGUCCACAGGCCCUGUGUGCAGCUCCCAGCUUGGGUCUGGGCCAGAGCUGGGCAGGGACUAAAGCUGUAGCCCCACUGGGACUGGCUGGGGCCUCAGGGGUCCACCCUUCUUUGGAGCGAGCUACUCCUCAGACCUCACUGGGCAGCCUAUCUGACCUUAUUUAUGCCUCAGCUAUUGUUACCAAUGUGGACCAAUCCUGAUCCAGGUCCAGAAUGUCCAAGACCUCUCCUCUGACUCUUGCAGUUCAUCCAGCCCUCCUAGGACUGAACCCAUCAGACUGGAUCCCCUGCCCUCUUCUUUUACAUAAGGGAGAUCUCUAACGGGAAGAGUGAAGUUCAGGGAUUCCUCCCUUCCACUGGCUUCCAGGGCAGCUCAGAUGCAGGUCCUCUGCAGUGACUGAGCAUGGCACUUGUUACCCAGCACCCUGGACCCUCCUGGGGCAUACCCAUUGUCUUGACAAACGGUACCAUCAAGAUGAGUUAAGGGGUCAUGUUUCCCACUUUUCCUGCCAGGACCUGUCCCCAAUUCUUACCACAGUUGGUGGCUUCCUCCCUCUGACGGGGCGGCCAUCUGUUUGAUUAGGGCCCUUCAGGCCAUUACCUGCCUGCCUGCUAUGUGUGCUAGGGGAAGAGUGCUGCUCCUAUUCUUGAUUGCUGGGAACCCACCCUCUUAUGGUUCAAGGUCCCCUCUUCUCAUCUCCCACCACCUGGACAAAUUAAUCAGAACUAUGGAUCUGAAGAGGGAGUGAUAUUAAAGUAAUAAAGUAGAAAUGGAAGCCUGGGCUUAAGUUGAUUUAAUUUUCAGAAAGAUCAGAUUGUCCACCCUCUGACAUGGGGCUGUGGAGACAACCUGACAGAUUUGGGGUGG